AUGGCUGCUGCCUGUGCCCCCGUUAUCAAACCGUCCCUCCACAUCACUACCCCAGGAGGUCGAGUAACACGGAAGAUCAGCGCUAGUGCUCAGCCGGCGCCCUCCGCUGGUUUGAAUAUCCGCAUGGAUUCUCCAAGUUCCCUGAAAAGCGUAUACCGGCUGGUCCUCCGCGCGUGUUCUACAGCCGUCUUGCAUCACAGAGGCGCAACCAGAAAUUUACGAAAUUUAUACCGCCCAAUUUUUCGAAGUGCAGGAGCGGUGAUACAAGAAAUUCAAUCCUGCGAGCCUCGUUCACCUCGCCGGCAAAAACUGGAGGCCUGGUUCACGGAAUGGAAUAAACAGAUCGAUAACACGCUCUCGUUCCUUUACAACUCGAGUGUAUCGCGAGGGUUACCCCACCAAAUCACUCGCAAUCUAGGGUUGUUGGUUCUUGGGCAGCAGCAGCGACUCAACUCGCAGCGGAUCCUACCUUGGAAGCCAAAUGCUCCACAACCAGAGCCGAUGAAAGCAGGGAAGGUAGCGCAGCACGCGAGGUGGGAGGCCAUGGAGGAGAACGCGUGGGCUGCGCUCAGCCACACCAUCAAGAUGGCUGAGGCAAGGCAGGGGUUGACUUUUGGCAAGGUCGCAGUCAGAGGAAAGAUCUUUCCCAGACGCGCGGAUACUUGA